AUUACAGAUUAACAACUUGCAAUUAUGUUGGCUGUUUACGCGCUGUCCGUUGUCUAUUUGUCACUGUCCGUCUUCACCUUCGCCAAAUCCACCGUCGCGGAUGACGCCGGACAUUCGCGGGAAAUUCCUUUGAAUGUCAUAAUGGAAUUAAGUCAAGUAAAAAAUGUUUCAGAACUGUUUAUUAAAUUCAUGCCAGACAUAAAUAUGCAUGAUGCACAAAAACUUUACACCACUAUAGGUUUCCAAUAUCGUAAUUCGUGUGACUCGGAAAUAAAAACAACGUUGAUACCUAAAGCAGCAAGUUGUUCUAUUGGACUUCGAACAAUUAGUCUUAAAGACAUUGAUGAUGUUAGUUUAUACUAUUAUCCAAUGUGUACCCGAGUGAACCGAUGUGGAGGUUGCUGUGGACACGAUUUAUUAGCAUGUCAACCAAUUAAAAUCGAAACCCUCAGCUUCAAAGUUAUGGUUAUACAGUAGUCCCCUGAAUCGAGGAAAUUGGAAUUUAAAGGUCGAAAAUCAGUAACAGUUGACCAACAUUUGAAGUGCGAUUGUGUUAUUGAAGAAGAAAACUGCACACCUUUACAAAUAUAUAAUCCUCACGAAUGCGGUUGUAUGUGUGCCAAUGAAAAAGAUCGUCAUGAGUGUCAUGAUGAAUACGGGUUAAAACUGUGGAAUUUAACAGCUUGUACGUGCCAAUCAUUGUAAAUGAAGAAUUUACUUCAAGACUUAACAGUGUUAUGCUUGCGGGCGAAUUCGCAUUUUUAAAUCAUUUGUUUUUAAUACUUAAUUUAAACUUAACAAUUUUUAUAUUUCAGACGUAAUGCUUAUUAUAUACAAACAUAAACAACAUUAUACAUAGUAUACAUUUAACAAAUCCGCGUCAUAACAUUAAAUUAUAGGUGAAACGUAAACUAAAAUAAGUUCAUUAAAAUAUGUUAAUAACAAUUACGUAUAUGUAAUAAAGAUUUAAUUUAUCUUUUACAAUUGAAUUUAUCAAACUUAUGCAUACAUACUAUAUUAUUGUGUUUAUAAGCAUUAUAGCAGUGCAAAAAAUACGUUCUUUAUACAAACGUAUCACAAUAUUAUAACUGUUACCAACUUCCCUUAUGGAAUACAAUUGCAAUAAACAAAACGAACUUUAAAAUUAUGUAUUACUAGGUAUUGGUAAUCUAUAGUAUGCAGUGGUGUAUUUUCAACAUUUUUCUGGCGGGGGGUCCACAGUUUAUACAUAAUUAAAUAAUUUACCUAUAUAAACUAUGAGAACUAUAUUACCUAUUGCCUUUAUGGCUUUAUCACACACUAUAUUUAACUGUAACUUGGAAACCGUCAUCAGAAUACACAGAAUACCAAUUUCUAUACUUAUUACUUUACUAUACUGUAAAGAUAUGUAUCGGUUUUUUUUUCCAGUACCCUUGGACCACCCCCGUAAAUACGCCACUGCUAGUAUAUUCAACCUUCAAUUUAUUUCACUUUUGAUUGUUGGUCAGUCUAGAGCAGCGGUUCUCAACCUUUUCGUAUUCGCGUACCACCUACACAGUUUGAAAAUUUUUACGUACCACUUGACCAUAUUUUUGCUUUUUUUUUUUUUGGUUAUUAAUAAUGUAUACGUAUAUGUUUUUUAUAAAGGGAGAUUUUUUUCGCGUACGGCGUACCACUUAUGAGCUUGCCACGUACCACAGGUUGAGAACCGCUGGUCUAGAGAAAAGAGAACCAAGAGAACCAUGGUUUAUUAAGGGAUUAUGUAUAGACAAUUUUUUGACAUGUGUGUGUUAAGUAUUAUAUUAUGCAUGUGUGUGAAUGGUAGAUGAAAGCAAUGAUGUAAUUAUAUAGUGAGAAGUUCCGUUGGAAACUAGUUGUAUUGCGUCUGCCGUGUUUAAAUUUUAACGGCGUUACUAGGUACAUAACAAAUGGAUAGGUAUAUAAUAAGCAAGACAAUUUACUAAAAUUAGUAUUUUUUUUUUAGAAAUACUGAUAAAUGAUAAUAUUAUAUUUAUUAUAAUAAAUUAAACAUUUUGUUUUAUGAUAAGAAUAAUAAAAAUAGUUUGUGAAUUCAGGAUAUUGCAAUAUUUAUAAUUUUUUAAACAUCAAUUUUAAUCAUUUUUAUUUGUUUUUACACAUAAAUGAAAAUUUUUGAUUUAUAUUGAUAACUAACAGUUGAUUUUAAAGUUAGCUUUACAUAAUAUCUAAUAUUAUACAAUUAUUUAAAUGUAUAUGUUAAUGUUAAUAAUUACGACGUAUAAAAAUCUUAAAGAAAUUAUGGGUGUACUAA